AUUUUUCGAGUGGGAACAGGAAGCUGUAAUAGAUGUUACGUUAAUUUAUGAGGUACUUUGCAGAGGAGCACCCACUCCAUUGUGUUUUUCAACGAUUUGUAGUCACAUACACCGUCCCUGUCAUGGACUCACAGGUGAUAACCAACCCCGAGGAAAUCGCGAGGCUCUACAGAGAACUCAGCCUCUUCCCUUCUUUGAAUAGAGCAGAUGUGGGACCUGUGGUCACCUCACAGUAUGGAGGCAAAUACAGCAACAUCUACACAGAGUGGAGCCAGCGUGAUCUGGAAAGGAAUGAGAAUGUCAAGUUUUGCCGACAGUACAUUGUAUUCCACGAUGAUAAGUCGGUGGUCUAUUCUGGAGCCUCAGGAAACUGCACUGAGAUCAAAGGAGAAUUACUAAGCAAGGAUUCGCCUUCAGGUGAAAUGAAAGCUGUUGUCAGAGAGUGCACAGUCAAAGGAGAGGACAAACAGUUUCUUGAGAUCUGGAGUAAAAAUAUCAAGAUGAAGAGCAUUAAUCUAACAGCCUUGAAAAAGCAUGGCAAAGUCUAUGAAGAUGAGCAGUUUGGCUGUUUGGUUUGGUCCCACUCUGAGACCCAUCUCUUGUAUGUGGCAGAAAGGAAGAGACCUAAGGCAGAGUCUUUCUUCCAGACUGAGUCACCAGAGUUGUCCUCCGUUGGGGACGAGGAGGAGACCAUGAGAGUGGAGAAAAAGGAGGCUGUAAAAGGGGAGCAGUUUAUCUUUCAUGAGGACUGGGGAGAGGCACUGGUCAGUAAGAGCUGUCCAGUCCUUUGUGUUUUGGAUAUUGAGGGCGACAAUGUCUCUGUAUUGGAGGGAGUGCCUGAAAAUAUCUCACCUGGACAGGCAUUUUGGGCUCCAGGGGACACAGGUGUGGUGUUUGUAGGCUGGUGUCAUGAGCCUUUCAGACUUGGCCUCAAGCACUGCCCCAACAGGAGCUCAUCUUUGUUCUAUGUGGAUCUUAUGGGUGGAAAAUGUGAGCAGCUGUCAUCAGGCACCAGUGCGGUGUACUCCCCCAGGCUGAGUCCAGACCAGUGUCGCAUUGUCUACCUGGAGUGUUCUGUCUAUGGACCGCACAUGCAGUGCAGUAAACUCUGUAUGUAUGACUGGUAUACUAAGAAGACCUCAGUGGUGGUGGAUGUGGUGAAGCGACCAGGAGAAGAUGGCUUUACUGGUAUCUACAGCUCUCAGUUGUCCCCUCAGUGCUGGUCAGCUGACAGUCAGCGUAUCAUUGUUGCUUGUCCACAGCGCAGCCACAAGGAUCUGUUGAUGGUGGAUAUAAGCACCGGGAGCAUCACUUCCCUGACUUCAAAGUCUGAUGUUGGUAACUGGUGUCUGCUGAACAUAGAAAGAGAUCUGAUGGUGGUCAGCUGCUCCUCUCCAAACUGUCCUCCAAGUCUGAGGGUUGGUUUCCUUCCAGCCAGGGACUCUCAGGAGGAAGUGGUCUGGGUUACUUUGGAAGACUCUCAGGUGUUGCCAGAUGUUGACUGGCAGAUCUUGACUUUCACCCCUCCCCCAGAGGAAGACAACAGUCAAUACUCUGGCCUUGAUUUUGAAGCUUUGCUAAUCAAACCAAAGGAAAUUAAGGAUGGGGUGAAGCUGCCUCUUAUUGUCAUUCCUCACGGGGGUCCUCACUCAGUCUUUGUCGCUGAAUGGCUUCUGUCUUCGGCUGUCCUGUGCCGGAUGGGCUUCGCCAUAUUACUGGUGAACUAUCGUGGCUCUCUCGGUUAUGGCCAGGACAGUAUCCUUUCAUUGCUUGGCAAUGUUGGCACCCAGGAUGUCAAGGAUGUUCAAUUUGCUGUUGAAAGUGUUCUGAAAGGUGCUGAGUUUGAUAUGAAGAAGGUGGCAGUUUCUGGGGGCUCCCAUGGUGGUUUCCUGGCCUGUCAUCUGAUUGGCCAGUACCCAGGGUUCUACAAGGCCUGCGUAGCUCGCAACCCUGUCGUCAAUUUGGCCUCAAUGAUUGGCAGCACUGACAUUCCAGACUGGUGCAUGGUUGAGGCUGGCUAUGACUACAGUACAGACUGUCUGCCCGACCCUGCUGUUUGGGAACAGAUGCUGAACAAGUCCCCCAUUAAACAUGUCACACAGAUACAGACACCAGUGUUGCUUACCUUGGGAGAAGAUGACAAGCGUGUGCCUAACAAACAAGGAAUUGAAUAUUACAGAGCUCUGAAAGCAAAGCAGGUCCCAGUCCGGUUGCUGUGGUACCCAGGGAACAAUCACUCUCUCUCCAAGGUGGAUGCUGAGUCUGAUGGCUUUAUGAACAUUGCUCUGUGGAUAAUUCAACAUUUGUGUCAGUGAUAGGGUAGUGUGCCGUUGUUGCUGCAAGGAAAAGAUAGCAGGACACUAAAGCGUGUAAGGGCUAUUCUACUCCUGUUUCCAGGAUAGUAUGAGGUCCAAUCUAAAGCCAAAGCAUUUAAAGUGCUCUCCAAUCCAGAACACUCUUUGUACAUCUGUAAUUUACUUGUAAUUUAUCUGUGACUAUGGCACUUGCCACCCUUACUUUCAAUAAGUGGAAAAUAAUAGUUUUUAAAACAGCACUAGAUUAAAAGCAGGUUUUAUGCAGCUUUGAUUAAUCCGACACACUUUUUAUUCAUACUUUUUUUAAAAAUUAUUAUUUUGCAAUCUUUACAUGCAAAGAAAAUCAAAUCUUCAAUUGGUUAGUUGUGUUUGUGGUCAUAUUAACAAUGGAAAUCAGUUACUGUUUUCACUUCUGGGUACAGUGCACUUAAUAAAGCAAUUGUGAGAAUACUA